CCGCAUCUCGCGGGCAGUGGUUGGCGGCUCUUGAGGGCCUUCAGUCCAGUGGGGCAGUCCGUGAUUAGAGUGCACUUGGCGGCUGCUCCAUCCGGUAGCUGACAAAGGUCGCCGUGGUUGGUGCCCAGGCUCGGAAAACUCACCGCGACGACCGCCGUUGCUAAGCUCAAAAACACCACGUACCUUGCGAAGGCCAUUUUAACUAUAAAUGAGAAAAAUGCGCACAAAAGUUUAGCACAUCUUAUUUCCGUAUUAGGCGAAAAUUAAUUACUACAAGGAAAGAAGUUAUUUUUUUCAUAAGGCAGAAAGAAUGUUAACAAGAGAAUAUAUAAAAAAAUGAAUAAAAUUAAAAAAGUAAUUUAAUACCUGCACGAACAUUGGAGUGAAUUAUAGCGAAAGAGGAUCUUCUCUUUUGAAUGAGAUUCAGAGCGUGAGCAAUUCCUUCACGGAUCUAACUACCUUUCGCACCUUCGUGUCUCCUCUUUGGUUUCCUUCUCCUAUACUGGCGCACGCUAGCACACCGUACUAUCCACGGGGUCAACUUUCCAACUACGCGUCAGUUUGGCGCCCUUCAAAUCCGGCUUAAUCCGGCCUCUCCAUUGGCUGCCGGUGUAAACAAAUGGGUGGGGCGGAGUUGGAGGGAAAUUUCCAUCGAUCAGCUCUGCGGCCAAACAAAGUUACGAGACUCCGACUUUAAAGCGUUUUAGAGUGAAAAAUAAGCCGCAAUAGGAAACUGCAGAACCAAGAAAAACACUGAAGACUGAGAGACGAGAAUUUCAUCUUUAACCUUCAAUUAUUUAAUUGUCUCUUCCAAUCUCUCUCUCUUUUUUUUUUUAAAUUUCAACUAAAAAAUCUCAAGAUGCCGUGUGAAAUGAUUACACUGCAGCUCGGCCAAUGCGGCAACCAAGUUGGCUUUGAAUUUUGGAAACAGCUCUGUCUUGAGCAUGGAAUCAGCCCUCAGGGAUUGCUAGAAAAUUUUGCCACGGAAGGACAUGAUCGCAAAGAUGUGUUUUUCUAUCAGGCUGACGAUGAACACUACAUUCCCCGAGCUGUCCUGCUCGACUUGGAGCCUCGAGUCAUUAACACAAUUAAAAAUUCAGAAUAUGCCAAGCUCUACAACCCAGAAAAUAUCUACGUCAGUGCCCAAGGAGGAGGUGCUGGAAACAACUGGGCCACAGGUUUUCACCAGGGUGAAAGAUUGCAAGAGGAGAUUUUCGACAUCAUCGAUAGGGAAGCAGACGGAAGUGACAGUCUUGAGGGAUUUUUCCUUUGCCACUCCAUUGCCGGUGGCACAGGUUCUGGUAUGGGCUCUUGCAUUCUCGAGAAACUGACUGACCACUUCCCAAAGAAGUUCAUCCAAACGUACAGCGUCUUCCCCAACCUGGACGAUAAAACGUCGAGCGACGUCGUUGUCCAGCCUUACAACUCUAUCCUUACUCUGAAGAGACUCACCCUGGACGCCGACUGUGUGGUCGUGUUGGACAACACUGCACUCAACAGAAUUGCCGCGGACCGACUGCACAUUCAAAACCCUUCCUUCUCCCAAAUCAACAAACUGGUGUCCACAAUUAUGUCCGUGAGCACCGCCACUCUGCGCUACCCGUCCUUCAUGAACAACGACAUGAUCGGCCUGAUUGCGCCUCUCAUUCCAACCCCCAGACUGCACUUCCUCAUGACUGGAUACACUCCACUCACCUCAGAUCAUGAGGAAACUUCUGUCCGCAAAACGUCGGUACUUGAUGUGAUGCGACGACUUUUGCAGACAAAGAACAUGAUGGUCUCAACAGCGCCGGACAGAAAUAAUUUCCACAAGUACAUCUCUAUAUUGAAUAUUAUCCAGGGUGAGGUCGACCCGACACAAGUGCACAAAAGCCGACAGCGUAUCAGAGAGAGGAAAAUGGUUUCAUUCAUUCCCUGGGGCCCAGCAACCCUUCAAGUGGCCUGUUCAAGGAGAUCGCCCUAUCUGCCCAGCACACACAGAGUCUCCGGUUUGAUGUUGGCCAACCACACAAACAUAUCUUCAUUGUUUGAGCGUGCCAUGCUGCAGUACGACAAAUUGAGGAAGAGGGAAGCUUUCUUAGAACAAUUCCGAAAAGAGCAAAUGUUUGAGGACAAUUUGGACGAGCUGGAUAGCUCUAGGAAUGUUGUGCAGGAGCUUGUUGACGAGUACAGAGCAGCUGCUGGGCCAGAUUACCUCAACUGGGGAAAGAAGGAAUAAUUAAUUUCCAAAUACUUUCUGUCUGCCUUGUCAUUAACACUCAAAACUGAUUAAUGUAUUAUUUAAAGUAUUAACGAUUAAGUGAAUCAUUAUAUGCAUUGAGAGGUACGCACAUGUAUUUUUCACCCACACUAAAGCACUCGUGGGCGACUCCUAAGUUUUUUUUUUUUAAUUUUGCACUCUUGCUUGGUGUUCUGAAUGAAAUUAAAAGCAGUUAAAUCAGAGGGUCAGCCAAUUUGAAAUAUGUAAUGCAGAUUUUCCAGAAAUUCAACAUUUCCUAGAAAAAAAAUCAAUUUUUCAAAGACGUUAAUUGUUGAAUAAAAAUCAAUUUUACGCGAUUUUCUGAGUGCAUGCGCUCACGAGUGCAACUUGCUCUCUGCCUAUCUGUGUGUUAUAAUGUUGAUGGCACACAAUGCAUCCAAGUGCGUUGGGAUGCACCAAAAUAUACUAAUCCUAUAAGGAAUUGAAAAUAUAAGCAAAUGUGGAAAAAAUAAUUGUAUUUGUUUAUACUUUAUUUUAACUUCCAUUUCAAAAUUUUCAAUGAAGAAAAUCUUUUUUAGUUUUCAAUAAAUAUUACUAUUUAUAUGUA